AUGGAAUCUGUGAAAAUGGGUGGACAACAUGUACGAGUCGAAAUGGAUCAUUUGAAUGGAUAUCUUAUUUCAUACUGGGAGAAUACAACGGAGGGAUCAAAAGUUAUCACUGACUAUGUUACCAAUCUAUUCAAUAUUGAUGUAUCAGAUAUCUGGGCUUCAAAGCAAUCCUUCCAUAUAAUUCAACAUGUGAUCAGUAGACAAAAGACACCAUUGAAAAACGUUAGUUACUCGGACUCCAGUGCCACAUCAUCAGAAGAAAUGACAUAUAUUCUGAAAUACUGUGGUUCUAUGUCUCGAUUAAGCAUGCACCUAAAACCUCCUCAAAACUUUCGUUUCACGGAAAAGUUUCCAAAAAUCGAUUGCUUAGAUAUUAGUGAUGGAGAAUGGGUGACAAGUGACAACCUAUUGAGCAUGGAUGGAAUUGAUAUUUAUCUAGACAAUGCAAAACUAUCCUAUAGUGAUUUGAAUGUUUUCCUCAAGCACUGGCUGUCUGGAGGGUGUCCCCGAUUGAAACUAUUCUGCGCUAGAACAGGAUCCGUGGAUAUCUUACAAGUACUUGACGGCCUCAUACAUAAUGCCGUUUUUGUGGAGAAUAGUCGAGAAUACACCAGCCCAUUUGGAUACAGCAGAAUUUUGUCAUUUGGAGUCGAUGUACGGCGUGUGGAUGGUGUGACUGCUACAGUAUGCCUUCAGGAAACUGGAAUCUUGGUUAUUGCUGUUUGGCCAGAGGCGACUUAUAAUUAUAAUUAA